GUUCCUGGUGCCGCUCCUUCCAAUGUCAGAGCGAACUUUACAAGCUCAACUUCAAUUUUAGUGAGGUGGGAUGAAGUCCCUAAAGACAAGCGGCAUGGCAGAGUACGGUACUACACUGUCAUCUGGAAGAGGGCACAAGGCGCAGAUUCACCGGAAACAAGGAACGUUGAUGCUCCCAUGCAGCAAUUUGAGUUGACAAAUCUCGCUAAGUAUGCUGAAUACAGUAUACAAGUAUUAGGUGCUACGAGAGUAGGCAAAGGACCAGCCAGCAUCCCAAUCGUCCAAAGAACAGAUGAAGACAGUAAGUAAAGAGGAAUAAGUUGUUUAGAAUGAUUUGUAUUAAAAACCACGAUAGCUCGCACAGUCUGGCGAACACCGAGCCUGCUAUAAAAAAAUCGGAAGGACGGAAAAAAUCGGAAGGCCUCAAAGCAUCAAAAUGUAUGCGUCUUAGAACGAAAACGCAUUAGCGUGGACAGGGCUUUAAGGUCCCUAUUUUCCUAAAGGGAGACUGUAGGUGUCUUGGAAAACGUCCCUUUAGGUGACGCCUAAUGGACCACACCCAAAAUUUACUCCUUAAUUUUGUUGUUGUUGUUGUCGUUGUUUAAUUUACAGUACCAAACGCUCCUCCAAGUAAGAUUCAAGGAUACAUUUUAAACGCUACUAACAUUUUGGUGCAGUGGGGAAGUGUUCCUCCUCCUGAUCAAAAUGGCAUUAUACUGAGUUACACAGUUACCUAUCAAGCGCUUCCUGAUGGCAGUCCACGGACAAAGGUAGUGAAUAUUCCGACAACUGAAGCAAAACUGACAGGACUCAAUCCAAACACCAACUACAGCAUCACAGUGUUUGCGUCUACUGUCAAAGGAGAUGGAAGUGUUAGUACGCCUAUCGUCGUUUUAACGGAUCUAAAUCGUAAGUUUACG